UAUUCUUUUCCAUCUUUGCAGACCGUUAUACUCAGCUUAUUACCCUUCAUUUCCGCUCUCUCUCUAUACAUAUUUUAUCUCUCUCUCUCUCAAAAGUUGGAAAGGGGAAACAUGACUGUCGCAAGUGUAGCCACCAGACACUGUAAGAAGGCGAUGAAGUUGGGAAUCAAGAUCUUCCGCAGAGGCUUCAAUUCAUCCAAAUGCAAGACAGGUGCGAAGAUGGCAGUGGCGAGGAUAAAGUUGCUGAGGAACAAGAGGGAGGCGGUGGUGAAGCAGAUGAGGCGAGACAUUGCUUUGCUUCUUCAGUCUGGUCAGGAUUCCACUGCUCGCAUCCGGGUGGAACAUGUGAUCAGAGAACAAAAUAUUAUGGCUGCAAAUGAGGUCAUUGAGCUCUUCUGUGAACUAGUUGUGGCAAGACUUUCAAUUAUUUCAAAGCAAAGGGAAUGCCCAGCUGAUCUUAAAGAAGGGGUAUCGAGUUUGAUAUUUGCAGCUCCUCGGUGCUCAGAUAUUCCAGAGCUGCAGGCAAUCCGAGAUAUUUUUGAGAAGAAAUAUGGAAAAGAUUUUGUAUCUGCAGCUACUGAUCUAAGACCCAAUGCUGGUGUAAAUAGAAUGCUCAUUGAGAAGCUCUCUGUUAGAACCCCAAGUGGUGAAAUAAAAUUGAAGGUCAUGAAGGAAAUAGCCAAGGAAUACCAGAUUGAAUGGGACACAACGGAGUCUGAGACGGAGCUUCUCAAGCCUCCAGAAGAGCGUAUAGAAGGACCACGCACUUUUGUUAGUGCUUCCAGCAUUCCAGUGAAAUCUACACCAAGGCAGUCUAUUGAGCCAAAUGAGCCAAUCACUAGGAGGUAUUCAGGUAGUGAAGGAAGGGACACCACACAGUUUAAAGACACAACAUCAGCAGCUGAAGCAGCUGCUCAGUCUGCAAAGGACGCUAUUGCUGCUGCAGAAGCUGCUGCCUAUCUGGCCAACAAAGACUCGAAUCAGGUCAAUCAAGCAUGUUGUUUUAAUAAUACUAAUUUGAAUGGUUCAUGCAUUAAUCAUUCUGGCCAUUCCACUAGAAUUUUCAAGCGAAAUGAUCCUCCAAUUGAGUCCCAAUCUGCCGGUACUCAAUCUAAUGUGCUGGGGAGGAUGUAUGAGUCACGAAGCUUUACAGGCUCUCAUUAUUUAAGUGAUGACGAGAUGACAACGCAGCCUACCAAUAUGGACCCAAGAAAGGUUUAUCGGAGACACAGCUACAAUGUCCCAUCUGCACAUUCAGAUAUAAAGUUCGAUGAAUCAGACUGUGAAGAAGAAUUUCAGAUGGAAGAACCUUCUGGUGAUGUUAAUCCACCACCCAACCGGCUUGCACCACAAGUACCUUCGGUUCAUGUUCAACAGAAUUCAGUAUCUCGUGUUCAUCCCAAGUUGCCAGAUUAUGAUGCACUUGCAGCUCGUUUUGAAGCCUUGAAGUAUCGCAAAUCACAGACCUAAAGGAAUAUAAGAUUCGUUAUUCAUAUAUUGUUUUGCUUAUACCCUUAUACGUUGUAUGCAUUUUGUUAUAUCAUACAGGUCCUAUAAUUUUGUGUACUGUCAUUGACAUAAAUCAUUUGUAAUUUUGCCAGCUUUGUCUAUUGUAAUGCAUAGUAUGGAAUAAAUAUAGAAAAUCGAUUGUGUUGUUACUGCAACCUAAAAAGCUACUCAUCUUUCAU